ACCUUAACUAAAGUUAGCGGACAUGUGUACUUAGUUCUAAUUAAUUGUAACAUAUUGCACAACUCUACUUUUAGGACGGAUGGAUUAACUUUUAGGACGGGUGGAUUAAGGCUAUGAUCGAGUGUUAUAAAACGUGCAUGGAUUCGGGUAUUUGGAUUUUCGUUUAGAUUUUAAUAUACUUUGUUGUCAAAAUAAGAUUUUGCAUAAAUAAAUAAUAAUGGGUAGAGGUGGCCAAGGAUCUCAGAAGCCUAAACUUCCCUGGAGUGAGAUUGAACGUCACAAUAGCAGGGAUGACAGAUGGAUUGUGAUUGGAGGAGAGGUGUAUGAUGUCACUUCCUGGUCAUACAAACAUCCAGGUGGUUCUAGACUUAUUGGACAUUAUGCUGGCCAAGAUGCAACUGAAGCAGUUGGUGCAUUUCACAAUAACGAGACACAGGUGAACAAAUACCUUAAAUCUAUGCACAUUGGUACUGUAGAAAACAAUGUAGAACUUGAUAUUGCCACAGACUUCAGAAAACUGAAAGAGGUUGCAAAAUCUAUGGGGUUGUAUGAACCAAGCUACACGUUUUAUGCAGCAAUAUUGGGACAUAUUGUGUUAUUGAUAGUUCUGGCAUAUUUUGUGUUACAAUGGUUCGGUGUAACAUGGUGGAGUGUGGCUCUCUCCCUCAUUCUGUUUUCAACUGCCCAGGCUCAGGCAGCAUGGACACAGCAUGACUAUGGUCAUUUAUCUGUUUUCAAGAAUUCCAAGAUAGAUCAUUUCUUUCAUCAUCUUACAAUGGGAUGUAUCAAGGGUGCUUCAGCACAUUGGUGGAACCACAUGCAUUAUCAGCAUCAUGCUAAACCAAAUAUUAUUGACAAAGAUCCAGAUGUGAGAAUUGACAAGUUGUUUGUAGUUGGGGAAGUUAUGCCAGUAGAGGUAGCAAAGACAAGGAAGAAGAGCAUGCCCUUUAAUUGGCAGCAUAGGUACUUCUUUGCUUUGGGACCACCAUUGCUGUUUCCAGUGUAUUUCCAGUCCAUGUUGUUCAGACAUUUGUUCACUAGGAAAUUAUGGAUGGAGUUGUCAAUAGCAGUCACUGCCAUGGCUUGUUUCUUCUAUUUCUUUAUUCCAAUGUUGGGUGUAGCUGGAAGUAUUGGAUUCUUCUUUGCAGUCAGGUGUAUUGAAAGUCACUGGUUCACGUGGGUAGCCCAGUCUAACCAUCUACCAAUGCAUAUAAAGAAUGACGAAGCUAAUCCUUGGUUAAAGCUACAGAUUCAUGCCACGUGUGAUAUCGAGAAGUCAUUCUUCAAUGAUUGGUUCACGGGACAUCUGAACUUUCAGAUUGAACACCAUUUGUUCCCCACGAUGCCCCGUCACAACUUGUACAAGAUCGCUCCGUUGGUUCGAAGUCUGUGUGAGAAGCAUGGUGUACCCUACACAGUGAAAUCGCUGUGGCAGUCCUUUGUGGAUAUUGUAAGGGCGUUGAAGUCAUCUGGUGAACUUUGGGAAGAGACGUACAGGGAAUUCCAUAGUGACUGAUUGCUUUAUUUUUACUAUUAUCUUAAUAGUCUUUCAAACCUUUUUCUUAUCUUUACACUCUCGCCAAUAAUUUUCCCCAUAGAUGGACCGUCCCUGCUUUGAAUAUCUGGAUCAGUCUGUAUGAGCCUGUUGGAUUCUGCUUUGGAUCAAUUAGAUAAAGCAUUAAAC